AUGAAGAUUUUGAAUCUGAUAGAGAGGCGGUGUUUGGCUCCGCUCAAGCGAGACGACGUCGUUCGUGUGAGUGAUACGCGGUCCUUCACCAACCACCACUCGUACAAGAAACUCCCUCAGCUUCCGCUCCUCAAGCUCUCCGUUCUCAAGCUCGAUGGCUCUGUUUUCGAAAUUCAUGUUGGGAGGACUGCUACAAUAGCGGAGCUCAAACAAGCAGUAGAAGAGUUUUUUGGUUUGUUGGAAGGCAAGAUUCCAUGGUCACUAGUUUGGGGGCAUUUCUGCUUGUGCUAUGUAGGUCAGAAGCUAACCAAUGAGAAGGCGUACAUUCGGAACUUUGGAAUCAAGGAUGGAGAUCAACUUCAGUUCAUUAGGCAUAUGUCCAUCAGCAACUCACCAUUAAAAAGACGGUCCAAGAGUGAGAGUGUUCCUUACAAACAGCACUCAACGUUGACAUAUGGAUCAAAUGGACACGAGGAUGAAGAAAAGAGUGGUUUGGAUGGUUCUGACAACAAUGCAGUUCAUGAGGACAACUCCAAUGAAGAUCUGGAGGAAGGCCCUGUGCCUCAAUUCAAGGUGGUUCACUACUUGAGUGGGUGGCUCUCAUGCUCCAAGGUCAUGGUGGGUCUCAAAAAAGGGAUCCGAAGACAGGGUCCAUCCAUCGAAAUCCAGGCUAUUAGGAAGCUGAUCUAG